ACUCUCUCUCCAGCGCUGCAACGGAAAAACCAGAAAAAUUGAAGCCUCUCUUAUCCUCCUGCUCCUUUUAUCUCUGUUCUACGCAUUCAGAAAUUCAGAGGGUUAGGGUUUAGCUGAGGUUUUACAGAGCUGUGAUUUCCAUGGCCAUUGUAGCUUCAUUACCAGGGCUCAACCUCUUCUCCUCCCUCCCUUCUUCUCCACCUCCGAAGGAUCCACAAUCCACCUCUUCUUCUUCUUCUUCGUCAUCUCCUUCACCUCCCAUUCCAAUUCCCAAAUACCCUCCUCCCCUCAAAACCCAACGGAAAACCCAAAAUAUUCCUCUACAUCCCCCUAAAUCACCUCCUUCCAACCCUGCCCUGAAAGCUGUCCACCGUCGCUCCAACUACUACAAGCCAGUCAAAGAAGGAGUCGUCUCAUCCGAUGGAGAUCGUUCCGUCAUCAUAGGCGAGUCCGGUGUAUCUUAUCUCCUACCCGGUGCUCCGUUUGAGUUUGAAUUCAGCUACUCCGAGACACCCAAGGUUAAGCCGCUGGCUAUUCGCGAGCCGGCGUUCUUGCCCUUCGCGCCGCCGACGAUGCCGAGGCCGUGGACGGGUAAAGCACCGUUGAAGAGCGCCAAAGAGAAGAAGAGGAAUAGGAAGAUCCCUCUCUUCGAUUCUUUCAAUCCUCCACCUGAGGGUACAGAGGGAGUGAAGCACGUGCAAAUGCCAGGUCCAUUCCCGUACGGACAGUAUCCCAAAGAGGGAAAGACGAGGGAAGAGAUUCUUGGAGAGCCAUUGAAGAAAUGGGAGAUUAGAAUGAUGGUAAAACCCCUUUUCUCAGAUAACCGCCAGGUUAAUCUCGGAAGGGAUGGUUUAACGCAUAAUAUGUUGGAAUUGAUACAUUCACAUUGGAAGAGACAACAAGUCUGUAAAAUUCGUUGUAAAGGUGUUCCUACUGUGGAUAUGGAUAACGUUUGCUAUCAUAUCGAGGAGAAAACUGGUGGGAAGAUCAUUCAUAGAGUAGGAGGUGUAGUUUAUCUAUUUCGUGGUAGAAACUACAACUAUCGUACUCGGCCCCAGUACCCAGUGAUGCUGUGGAAACCAGCUGCACCAGUCUAUCCCAAACUUAUUCAAGAGGCUCCGGAAGGUUUGACAAAGGCUGAAGCCGAUGAGUUCCGAAUGAAGGGAAAAAAACUUUUGCCAAUCUGUAAAUUAGCAAAAAAUGGAGUUUACGUCAACCUGGUGAGAGAUGUUAGGCAUGCUUUUGAAGGAAGUCCAUUAGUGAAGAUUGACUGCAAAGGGAUGCAUGCAAGUGAUUACAAGAAGUUAGGAGCUAAACUUAAGGAAUUGGUUCCUUGUGUGCUAUUGUCCUUUGAUGACGAACAGAUAUUGAUGUGGAGGGGAUCAAACUGGAAAUCAAGGUGCCAAGUUGCUCCACCACCAAAUCCUGAUGAGACUGCCACCAAUCUGGAUGCUUCAGGCAAGGCUGAUGAUGAUUGUCGUAAGCAUGACAUCAAAAUGGCAAGCACAAGUCCAAAGAUGAUGGCACUGUGGAAGCGUGCAAUUGAGUCAAGUAAAGCAUUGUUGCUUGAUGAAAUUGGUCUUGGCCCUGAUGCUCUUUUGCAGAAGGUGGAGGAAUUUGAGGGUGUUUCACAGGCAACUGAACACUCCCUUCCGGCAUUAAUCUUGUCAGGUGAAUAUGGAAAGAGCAUGGAAGAGUCUGAAGAUGAUGAGGGGUAUGAUGAAGAUGAGAUGUAUAGUAAUCAUGAUUAUGAUGAGAAUGCCAAUCAGUUCGACGAGGAUGAUGAUGUAUAUUAUGAUAGUGACUCCUCAAUCCCCCUGGGUUCAUUACCCAUUGAUCGAAUAGCAAAGAAGCUCAGUGAGGAUUAAUAUAAGUUCUGUUCACUGGUCCUCUGUUUGGAGGCUAUUUAUUUGUAUAGAAAUCUUUUUUUUUUUUUUUUUUUUUUUGUAUAGGAAUUCAAACUUGGAUAUUCUUUUAGGAAAGUUAUUAGAAAGCUAUUCGAUUUUCCCCAUUAGCCAAUAAAUUAAUUAGAAAUGUUAAUGGGAUGGAACCGGAUCGGUUUUUAAAAUUCUAUCUUUUUUUGUAUGGGGAAUAUUUUAUUCUGUU